AUGCAACUACAAAGUAAAGGUGGUCCAGCCGAAGCUGGUAUAUUUUUGAGUAUGGGUGAAUGGAUGGAGUUGUUUUUCAUGGACCUAAAGUAUGAUGGAUUAUACUGUACCUGGUUGUUUCUUAGAACAAUCCUAGUGAUCGAAAAGGCUUCAAUCCCAUUAGCAGAGUUUGCAAUUAGCCAUGUUAUUGCUUUGGAAGAACAUAUUGGAAAACUUGCGGAGAACUACAAAUAUUGGAAUAGUCAAAAUAUUCAAAAGAAUCAAAAUGAUCAAACUACACCACCUAGAUCUUUCAUGCAUAAAUUUCCAAAUACUCCACAAGUAAAAUUGUUGCUUAAGUGA